AAAAAUCCAGGAGAGAUGACUCCUCUUCUCCUCCUCUCUUCUACUAAAGAAGGUGAGCUGUCUGGCUCUGAAACCUGAGCAGGUUCCUGAGAGUAAGCCCCAAAGUAAAUUUCUCCCCUCAAAAUCCUCCUGAAGCUGCAAUACCCUUCACUCCUUUGAGUAAGUAAUUAUGGAUGAAUGGAACAAGCCUGAUAAGGACAAAAAUAUUAGCAACAGAGACCUCAGGAUCUAUAACAUUCAAGAACCAAAGGGCUCUUGAUGCCACUGUAGCAUCCUUUGCCAGGGAUAUGGUUAUUCCCUUCAAAGGGGAGUUCUAUAAAUAUUUCUGUUCUUUAUUUGGGGAUAAAUCAGAUGAUAUAGUCUCUUCAUAUGGAGAUAACUCUCUUUCCAUUCCACUAUUAUUUCAGGAGGAUGUUAAAUGGAAGAUACUAAAAUGAGACUUCUUUAAAUCAGCAGGCCCAGAUAACUUGCAUCCAAGUUGUUUUUAGAGAGCUGGCUGAGAAGUUUACUGGAUCAUUGUUAAUUUUCAGUAAGUCUUGGAGCACCAGGUAUGUUGGCAGACCACCCUCCAUUCCUUUUUUUUUUUUUAAACUGUUGUGAUUACCAGGAGUGCUAAUAAGCAUGGAGAUCAAGUUAGAUGUUCUAGUCUCUACGUGUAUCAAACAUAGGAAACCUUGGCCUCGAAUCUCUUGGCUGGGACAGGAAAAAGAAGCUAUUUUUCUUUUAGAUGAUAAAUGUAUAAGUGAAAUUAACCUGUUAUCAGGAAAGACAAAGAAGAAAAUUCCUCAACUUCAAUCAUUGUUGAAAAAUGUUGUCGUCUUAGCAACAUCAAGAAAUGGUGCUUGGUUGGCAGGAAUAGUUACAACAGGAGAACUAUUUAUUUGGAAUAAAGACCAGGACUAUCUGAAAAUUGUACCAGCAAUUGAAGAAUCUAAUAAGGUGGUUACAGCAGCACAAGAGUGCUCCAUGAGAUUGUAUCUGUAUGUCUCAGGAGAUGGGAACAAGGUGCUAUUCAUUACACCUACUGCAUGUAUCUUUCUGUGGGAGAGCACAGAAUGCAAAAAUAUAUCCUCUCCUAAAAAUCCUUCACCGGCUGGGCGUUGGUCACAAAUUGUUCCUGAGGAAUCAGUUAUAUUGCCUUCCUCUGAAGAUAAAGAAACUGGAAUGAGUGCUGAUUUCAUCAAAAAUGAGAUACUAGGUGACUGCUGCAUGUGCUCUUUCGUGUUUUAUUCUGGAGAAUGCUUGAUGCUGACAUUUUUGGCCCUGCGGUGGCAUGAAAACAGCUUCAAAUACAUUAGUUCUUUACCUUAUCAUAUCCACUGGGCACAGCAAGCAUGUUCCCUGCUCACUCUGGUUCCAGUGUGUGCGUCAGUAAAGUCGAGAGGAGCUUUGCUUACUGCAUUUUCAAGGGAUGGACUUUUACUGGCAGUAGCCGUUAAUCAAAAUGAUCCAAAGGCAACUCAGAUUUUGUUUAUAAAUACCUUGAAUUUUGUUACUGUUUCUGGUAUCCUUAAAGGUUGUAGUAGCAAGAAUCAUGUGGUUGCAUCCAAAUUUGUCAGGUCAUACUGGGUAGGUGACAUGAGCUGGACUCCUGAUAGUCUUUUUCUGGCUUGCAUGUUAAAACGUGGCUCCUUGAUAUUAUUGACUUGUAUGGGUGAAUUGCUGACCUUGGUUACUUCUGGUUGCUCUAUAGAAUUUGGACCAGCAGAGUUUAUUCCCUUUCAUCCACUAAUAACGUACAGACCGCAGCAGUCUCUCUCUCAAGAUUCUAGUCAUUCUCUUGGUUCAUCUGCCUCUGAAAGUGAUCUAAUGAGACAGAGAUUUUCUGUAACAUCACACUCAAGAUUACCCUACCUUAUUGUCUCUGAUGGGUAUAUGGUUACAGUACUUAAGUUUUCUGAUAAUCUUCUACCAUCUGGAGUUAUGAGGUCACUUCUACUUGAUUCAGCCCAGAGGCUUGAAAAGAUGCAUCAGAGUCUGAUGACACCUAAGCCUAAAGGGAAAAGGCUGCAGUUGCGAUCCUUGGCUUCUUUAAAAGCUAGCCUAUUGAAACAACAUCAAAACCAAAAUUCUACCCUUUCUACCAUUCCAAAAUUCCUGCAAGAAGAAGAAACAGCAGAACUGAGGGAGAAAGCAGCAGAUUUACAGGAUUAUGAAGACGAAUAUGAUCAUGACAAGCAAUUUCAAAAUAACUCUUCUACUUUCUGCAGCCAUGGACCAAAUUCAUUUUUCAGUAGAGCUGAUCAAGGCCGGUUGGAAUUUGCAUCAAUGUUUGACACUGUUCAUGCAAAAGAUGAUACUGAUGCAAAAGAUGAUCUAACUAUGGAACUAAAUUCAAUUCAGAAAAACCUUCUUGCAGCCUGGGGGAUAGGGAUUUCAAAAAAUGUGCAAGAAAAAGAUAUGCUGUUGAAUUACGCAGUAGGUUGCAUUACCCACCUUUUCAAUAUUCUCCAGUUCAUUAAAAGCCCUUUACUAACCCAUGAUGCAUUUUUAAACAAGUCUGAAAAAUAUAAACUAUGGAUGCAUGCUAUCUUAAAACAUUUUCAGCAGUUUUUAACUGUCCUGUACUGGGAUGUGAGAGACAGACAGACAGUUGGGCAUUUGGUAAAGCUGACAUCAUGGACUGUAAAACUGAUGAUUAUUCAGCACCAAGAUCAGUUAUUCUCAGAAUACCUUUUGGGGUGCUUCUGUUUGCUGAAGAUGGUUGCACAUAGUCUAAAUGGGAAGUUCACACCUUGUUAUGAAAUAAUGUCUACAUCCUCUGAUGUUAACAGUGCUGUAGAGCUUGACUCCCUGAUUGUGCCUAUUUUUCAAGUUCUUGAUGGGAGCAGUGCUCAGAAAUUUCGCUCACUGAAUUCUCUGCUUAAGAUACCUCCUCAGGCAGUAAAACUUGGUGAAAAGCCAGACAACAGGUUGAUGAUAUUGUGGCGGUUAUUAUAUAAACAAGUGCUUUGGUAUCAGACUCAACUAAACAGAAAAAUAUCUAAGGAUGGCAAGUCAUUAACUGAAAGGAAGAUUAAACAUGAAGAAUCCAUUGUUGCACAACUUCUAGGUCAUAUACAGGCAGUCCUGCAGUCUUCAGGAGAGACCUUGGAACAAACCUGGAAGCUCAGUUCUGUGAUUGGUGAGGAGCAAUUUCUUUUAGGCUCGUAUGAAGAAUCUGUGGAUCUGUGGAAGAGGGCUCUUCGAGAAACCAAAGCAAAAGGAGAAAAGAGGACACAGUUUCUUCAAACUAGGUAUUAUCUUGCUAUAUUAUAUUGCCACCUGUAUCACUACAACUUAACUGAGGCUCAGGGGCUGAGUGACCAUCUUGUGAGAGAGAUACUAAGACGAUCUCAGCUGUCUGUAAGACAGACAGAAGAUUUUUCUGAUGCUGAAUAUUCUCAAUAUGAAUUGUGGAUGAUAAGAGAUGUUCAUCCUGAAGCUGCAAUGGCAGUAAUACAGUCCAUGGCACGAUUCAUGGCUGCCUACUUCACUAAUCAUCUGCUUUAUAUACUUCCCCCACAUAAAGUCGACAUUCUACCUCCACUUCACAUCAACCAAGACCGGUUCCCUCGAGUUGUUCCACUGCAGCACUCUUUGGUCACCAGUGCUGUUAGAGACCAGAACCUUUCUUCUGUAUGGACAGCUGAAUAUGCUCUUGACUUGCUCUUUGUGGGUGGACUGAUUCCAGAGGCUGUGUGGCUAGCACACGAACUUGGAGACUGGAAAAUGUCUGUUUCAAUAGGUGUGGCCUAUAAUCUGUACUGUCAAAGUGAUGGUGACUUCUUGAGGUCAGAGAAAAUGGAUUUACAUCUGCCUUUGAACUUGACUCCAACACAAAUUUUUCAGGAAAAACUACAGUCUUUCUUGGGACAGCCAGUCAGUUUUGAAACAUCAAAUGAAGGAACUAAAUAUAAACAAUUUACAGAUCCCAUUGAAGAGGAAGAUUCAAAUGUCCUGUUUGGUUCAGUGCAAGAAAUACUGAAAGCAGCUGUUAUGGCAGAUGCAGACAUUCUCUCAGAAACAUUUCAACUUUUGAUAGACUCUGCCAAGGACCUCACCAGAAAAUUGUGUGGUUUAGUGCCUGAUGGGCUGUAUCUUCCUGCACCACCAUUAUACUGUCCACAGCCAGCUUCUCUCAGUGAAAAAGACUGCAAUGACUCUGCUUUAAAAAUUGAGAGAGAUUAUCGUCAAAAGGUGUCUGGGGUCCUUCAGCGAAUUCUGCUGCUCUUCCGGGCUGCUCGUUGUUCCUGCCCAGUAGCACAGUGGUAUAUUGUACAACUGAAAUGGGCAAGAAAAGUAAUGCAAAAGAUUCGAAUGAAAGGCACUCUUCCUUCUUUAAGUUCAUUUCCUGAAAGUUUGCUUCAUUAUUCAAAAUUUAGUACAGUAUUCUUUAGACCUGCAUCUUCUGGAGACCAUCGCUUUGAUGAUGUUUCUUGUAAAACAAUAGGUUGCUUCAGAGAAUUAUGUGCAUUGUGUUGGAUGCUACACGUUCGUGAAAGGUUGUCUGACAGUUGCAGACACUACCAAACUGCAAGAGAAAGUGUGGGUAAUCAAAAGGAUUGCAAGAAGGCUGAGUAUGAUGCCUGUAUAGUUGAGCAUUGUCUCAGUGCAGUGGAAUGGGCUUGUCGAAUGCUCCCUUUUGCUAGGUUUAUGAAUGUUGAAGAACUUGUUCAGGAUAUAAUUCUGAGUCUUGUUGGAGAAUUACCACCAAUCAGAAAGGUGGCAGAAAUUUUGGUGAAAGCAUUUCCUAAUUCUGAAGAUGUAAGAGUUCCACUAAGGGAUAAAUAUCAUGCUCUUCAGCAGCGACUUAGACACUGUAUUGUCAGAGGAUCCAAAAGUGAAGAAAUGAUGUCUGUUAUUAUCCAAGCCACCCACAAAGUGAGGCUGAAAGCGCUGAAACGUGUAAUAAGGAACAUAGGUCCCAUUGAAAUGAGUAUCUGGGAGCCAUCGGAAGAGGAAACACCGGAUGAUGAGGCACAUUGCUAUGAUAGAUUCUCAUUAGGGACCAGUCUAAGCAGAAGUACACUCUCAGAUUGUGGAAAUCCUCAAGUAUAUAGUGAUGCUGAAACAGCGGAUUCACUCUCUGAAGCUUUGCUUACGGAAGAAACAAGAAAUCAAGCACCUUCACCUCGGAGGGGGACACAGCCUCACACAGAAGAACAAACUGGUAGUAAGAAAACUGCAUAUAAGAUAAAAUAUCUUAAUUGGAAAGCAAAACAUAAAGAAUACAGUAAAGUUUUGUCUAAUCAACAUACUUUGCCUGUGGUAGGUGCAUGGGAAUUUGAACGUGAUGAUGAUGAAUAUGUUAAGUUCUUAGAUCUCUUUUUGAGUUACAUACUUGAAAGAGACUUUAAUUGCAGUGAUCCUGGGAUUCCUUUUCUGACCAGCUUUUCUGAACUCCUUAGAGAACAUGAACUACACUCUCUCCUUUUUGAUGUUCAUACAACCCUGAAACGUCGACAGGGCAAAACUAAUAGCCAGAAUGUGUUUAGAGCUGGUUGCUGCUAUGCUGUUACUCUUGCAUCUUGUGAUUUCAAACCAGCUUCCUUGUGUAACGAAAAGCAAAAACAUUUGGAAAACCAAAUGUCUGUUUCAGUUGUACAACCAGCAGACUCCUCGGUGUGUGAUUCAGUGAAUGGACUAAAGAAAUACAAGGGAAAGAGAAGUUUAUUUGGUCUAAACCACCUGUCAGUUUACAGAGCACAAGAUAAAAAGCAAGAAAUAACUAUUACACCCAUAACCCAGACCUUGUCUGACAAUGCUUGCUCUAAUAUACAAACUUCAGUGACCUGUAAAUAUAUGUACAAAACAAUUCAUAUGAAUGAUGUUAUACCAAGAGAGGAACUUGGUCUAGAACUGAAGAAUAAAUUUAGCAAUAUUGCAAGACUGCUUGAAUGGAUGAUCAGAUGGUCUGAUAGGAGAUUGCUAUGUGAUACCAACAAAAUAGAGUCAUUUCAAGAGAGCUGUCCAAUGAUGCAUGUCAAAACAUCAGCAGCUGCUAUACUUACAUCAUUAUGGCUUUUAGGACGACCCUAUUGUGAUAAAUUGCAAGCUAGGAUCACUAGUUUUAAGAGUCCAGAUUAUCAGUACCUAAUGAACUCUGCAUCCCUACCAGAAACUAGACCCAAGAUACAGAAAGAAAGCAGUAUGGAUACAGACUGUUCUCCAGCAACAGAAACGCCACAUGCUGUCCAGGAUGUAAAUGCUUACGAUGAACUUUGUGAAAAUGUUUUAGGAAUAUCUACAAAAACAAAACAUUCUGAAAAGAAUGAAAUGAAUGAGAGUCAUUCUGUAACUCACAGUACAGAAGAAGGAGUAAUAGGUUUUGAUGAAGAAGUGGGAGCGUUCCUGCAGGAGGACGUAGAUGCAACUUCAGAAAAUGAAGAGCUCUUUGAAGAACCAUUUGGAGUUCCAAAAAGUCCCAGUAUUUCUGUCAGCGUUAAACCUGUACAACAACAAAAAGAGGAGCAUAUCUCCACUCUAGAUGUAGAAUCUCCAUGGGAAGAACCCAUGAUGGAAAAGUUAGAAGAAAAAAAAGCCAAACAAAAUGGUAUGACUGAGACUGUUUCCAGCACCAUUCCUCAUGCAUUCUGUUUAGAAAUGAAUGCAGAUGUUCCUAGUAACAUAAAGAUUUGUGUAUGUGAUGAUCAACCUUCUUUCACUGGUAUAUCAAGUGUUCCCUAUAAUGGUCCGGUGUGUUCAAAGAAGCAAGUGGUCCAGGAAGGAGAGCAGAUAUCAGAGCCAUUGAACGUUUCAGAAACUGUCAGACAGAUGCUCCAAGAUGAAAUGCUUAAAUUAGUUCAGCUGCAGCAAAUCAACUUUCUGAACUUAAUGCAAAUGGUGGGGUCAUCCUUUGCCAGCCUGCCAAAUACGCAGCAUCUUCUGCAGCAGUCACAGUCUAUUCAGUUGGGAGGAAGCCAGGCUUUACACACUGUAAGAGACAGUGGUGCUGACACAUCCCUUCCUGUACAGUCUGCAGACAUUUCUCCGGAGACUCAGCUGCCCACUAAAGAAAAUGCUGGAAAGUCUAAUAAAAAGAGCAGCUCUCAUUCUCAGGAAAGAAAUAUCCUAAAUGAUCAAAGCAGCAAAGAAAGUAUACAUAAUUAUCCAGAUGUGAAUAUUUCUUUAAGCCUAUCAGAGAGCCAGUCCAAUGGAACAGGAUUUAUUCCAGCAUCUCAAGACUUACUUCCUUCAGCUCCAGCCAGACCACUUCAUCUGUUAUCGAGUUCCCUAGAUAUCCAGAAGACACCCAAACUUAUCCCAGUUGCAAAAACUUUAAAUUAUGAAAAUGGCUUUCCUUUGCUUAAACUUGAAUCUGAUAAUUUAAAACCACUCAAUUUUUAUCCAUUAAAAGUUUCACAGGCUUUCAUCGGGUCACUCCCCCAACCAAGAGUAGUUUGGGAUCCAUCUAAUUAUUUACAGAACCCUCCACUGUCAUGUAUGCUAGGAGACAAGACUAUUUCAAUGACACACUUGAAUUUGAAUAAAUAUGAUCCUGAAAUUAUAAGGCAAGUAUAUGAAGAAAAGAAGAGUUGGGCAGAAGCUGAAAGCAAGAGGCCUCCUAAACUACUUAAUUUGGAUCAGUAUGAAGGAGAGCAAAAUCUUGCACCUCUGCAGCACCUUCGUACAAAUGUGAAUGCAGAGAAGCCACUGAGUUCUCAGAAUGCUUCCUUCUAUGGAACUUACCAGCAUUCAACUGGAAUUCCUUUACUGCACCUGCAGCUGGACCCAGCACCUAGAUUUCCACCGAUUAUAAGACCACCAGUCCCUGCUUCUUUAAUACCUGUUGGACCUAUAACUGAGGAGACCAGCUCUAGAGACACAUUACAGCACACAGGAAUAUCGAUUCUUCACGCUAAUUUACCUCCAAAAAACAAGUUCCGACCACCAAAACUGAUCCCAAUUCAAAAUCUCAUUGCAUUUGAGCAAAGCCGCCUGUGUACCAGUGCACCACACGACUUCAUUGGACAAGACCAUUCUGGUCAGAUUGAGUUGUUAAAAGCUAACACUGAGCCAUUUGAUGCAAGACACACGAAGAACAAUACAAAAAGGCAAAAGAGACAUGCUGAGAAACAGAUAAAAGAGAAGGAGGACGAGAAAAAAGCAAGUGUGACAUUCCGCCCAGAUGAUUCCAUUAUUAGUACUGAUGAUACAGAGAGAGUUUUUGAAACUGAGAUACAGGAUCAGCAAGCAGAACCCAGCUGUUAUCUUGAAGAUGAUUUUGUCAUUUCACUUGACACAGUGGGAGAGGCUAUUACUACUACAGCAGGUCUACACUACAUGGCUUCCACAAGGAAAAAACCCGCAGAAACUCAAGAUGCAAGCACAAAUACAGAUCCAGAACAUCUGGCUUCAAGAGUUCCUCAGAUGUUGCCACCAGAUAUGUACUUAAACUUCAAGCUCCACACAGAAGUAGGGGAGAGACUUUUACCAUCCUCUGUGUCUGAUACUGCAUAUGGUUUGAUUGGACACAAAUAUAUCAAUGUGAUUGACAUUGAAGACAGUGAUCUCUUAAAGGAUUUGCCUACUAUAGUCGAGUCUACAGAAGAGAUGGUUACCACACAACAAAAUGAGAACUUUGAAGUUCCAUCUUCUGCAAAGCUGCAUCACAUGGCAGCUUCUGUUACCAAUGCAAUUCCACCUAAUGCAUUUCAGGGAAAAGAUUACCAUCAAAAUGGUUUGUUCCCAGUGCAAGAAAGGAAUGUAAAAUCAGAUGCUGUUGGAGACAAUCUAACCUGGAACCUAUUGCAUGAGGAUGUCAGCAUCAUUCACUCUACAGGACUAUCAGCCAAAAUCAUUAGCAAAGAACACUUUUAUACAAAACUGCAGGAAAUGGAUAUACAACUGCAGGCAUUACAGAACAUAGCAGAAAAUAUGGAGAAGGAUUUCAGCAAUACUAAAUUGAUAGUAAAAACAAUAGAAGAUUUAGGAAUGGCUGCCAGUCCAAACUUGGGUGCAGCUUCCUUGUUCUCUGGAGAUGCGGGAAUUAUUGAUGAAGCAUCACCACGUUAUGUGAGCUCUGUGGACUUUGAAGAUCUUAUGGAUGAAGAAGAGGAGGGUUCAAGACCUGAAUAUUCUGUAACCCGUUAUACAGCCUUGCAAGCUCACUCUCUUUCUCCUGCAACUUCAUCUGCUAACCUUCUGAGUCAUAUAAAGUCAUCAUCCGACAUUCAUAUAAAUGAAGAUUUAGGUGAUAGUUUCAUAGACAAUCCCCUGCAAAUUACUGGACUGAGUGGUAUUACUGAUGUUAUUGAUGAUCUUGUAACAGAGGGUGGCAUUUCCACUACAGAACUGGGCAUUACAAAAACACAGGCUAGAAAUAUCUCCAGAAUCCAUGAUACUGCAGCUGGACAGUCUCCAAAAACAGAAAGAGAGAGAAAAGAGAUACAAGCGUGGAUGAAAAGAAAAAGAAAGGAAAGACUGGCAGAAUAUCUUAAAAAACUGGAUGAACAGAGAAAGAGAGAAUAUAAUCCAUUUAAUUUGAGAAAUAAUAUGCAAUUUGGUGUCUCUGCAAAGGAAAUCAAAUUGAGCCAGAAAAAGAAGGAUGAAAAAGAUAAAGCCCUGUUGUCUGAGCAUCAUAAUCUUAGAGUCUCACAAGCGCUUUCCCUAAUGAAUGAGAUGUUAUCCGAGACAGUGCAGCUUCCUGCAAGUGAAAACAAAACAAUGAGAUCCCCUCGAGAUUUCAGAAAGCAGUACCUCACAUCUGCGAGAGGUUGUCCUGGUAGUCGAAGUCUAUCAGCAAGUCAAGCUGAAAGGAGCAGAACUGCUGCCAAAUCUGACUUUGGUCAAGCAAGAUCCCAUUCGACUCCACCUCAGGGUUUAGCUCAAUCUGGGGGAACUGCCACUGUGGUAUUACAGAAGAAUAUAUCCAAAGGGAGGAUUAGAAAUGCAAGACAUUAUCCUGUUAAUUCUAGGCACGCCUCUGACGAUCAAACACUCAGCACAAGGAAUCUGAGAAGACCUACACCCCAUGCAGCUGCCAUUCAGAGAGAAGAGACAGGUCUUGAUUAUGAGUCUGAGCGAGAUUCAAUAAGUCCCUGGAGUGUCCCUGAUGAUAUCCAACGACUCCUUCAUGACGAUUACAAUUCCCUACUUGAGGUGUCUGUGCCUCAUGAAGAGGAUUGCUCUCCUCUUAGCAUUAAUGACAGUGUAUCUGAAAGCACAGGCAGUAUCUUGAGCAAACUGGAUUGGAAUGCUGUUGAAGCUAUGGUAGCGAAUAUGGAAGAAAAGUGAAAUUAAGAUAUCUUGACCUCUGUGCACUUUCAAAGCAGUUUAAUACAGUUAUUUAAUGCUUAAUAAUCAGGGGGAGUUCUAAAUAGUUAGCUUUCCAGGAAAUGUACGGCCCUAUCAUUCCAUUCUAUUUUUAACAGAACCCUUCAUUGAAAUCAAUUUGCAGUUAUGCUUAAAACUCAAUAGUGGAUUAUGGCUCUUGCACCAUGGAAAGUGUUUGAUUCUCUCUGAAAUAGGUUUCUCAGUUUCCUGGUUGAAGACCAUAUACUUUGGUGUUAAUGUGCAGUGUCUCUUCUUGUGCUCCGGACAGACCCUUGGAAUUACAUUACACUAACUGAGUGGAUAGGGGAAUUUGUGUGCCAAUAUUGACUAUUUCUCAAAAUAAGUGUAGAGGCAAUUUAAAGAGUUUUAAUGAUCAAGUUUUCUCCUUCAACUACUUUAAUAGCAACUCAGUGAAAAGUUUUAUAUUUUUAGAGCAAUGCAGUUUAUUUUUUUAGUGUUACUUGUUAAUAUACUUAAUCGUUGUGAUAUUUUGAUUUGGUUUUAAUAAAAUCUUGGUUUUGUCUCUA